UACACCAGUGAGGUCACAGGGCUUGUGCCUCUUUCAUCCUGCUACAGUUGUCUGUCUGUUCUUACCUGAGCAGACCUCCUGGGGACAUGGCACCAUUCCUAAUUCUGCUGAUCUUUCUUCUGCCUCCUCACACUAGGACAGCUUUUCUUUCAGUGGAGAUAAUCGGUGGUCAGGAGGCCAAGCCACACUCCCAUCCCUACAUGGCAUUUAUCAAGUUUCUGGAUGGCAAGAAGCUUAGGAGAUGUGGUGGUGUCUUGGUGACAAAGAAAUUUGUGCUGACAGCUGCUCACUGCCAGGGAAGCUCAAUGAAUGUCACCCUGGGGGCCCACAACAUCCAGGAACAUGAGAAGACCCAGCAGGUCAUCCAUGUGAGACAAUCCAUCCCACACCCAGACUAUACUCCUCAAAACUUCUCCAAUGACAUCAUGCUGCUACAGCUGAAGAAAAACGUCAAGCUGAGCAAAGCUGUGCAGCUCCUCAGUCUGCAUGAGGACAUGACCCAAUUGAACCCAGGGGACACAUGCCACAUGGCAGGCUGGGGAAGAAUGAGCCCAUCAGGCCCCCUAGCAACUAAACUACAGGAGGUGGAGCUGACAGUGCAAAAUGAGUUAAAAUGCAGAUCAUGCAUGCAUGUGUAUUCUGAUGACACUGAAAUUUGUGUGGGAGACCCAAGGAUUUACAAGACUGGUUUCAAGGGAGACUCUGGGGGUCCCCUCGUGUGUAACAAAGUGAUCCAAGGCAUUUUCUCCUAUGGAAGAAAGAAUGGAAGACCCCCAGCAGUCUUUACAAAGGUUUCCCACUUUCUGCCCUGGAUAAAGAAAACCAUGGGGCACUUGUAGCAGCAAGUAUAAGACUGGCCUCUCCUCUACCACACCAGAAUGUUUGAAGCAAAAUGUAGGAUCUAGUGAACAUGG